GAGAACGCGCGCCUGCUGUCCGGGCACGGCCACCCCCACGGCGGCCACGGCCACGGCCACAGCCACGGCCACUCUCACAGCGUGCCCCCCGGGCUGCCCGCCGGGCUGCCGCCCGUGCCGCCGCCGCCGCUGCCGAGGCCCAGCCCCGCACAGCGCGCCCGCAUGCAGGCCCUCAACAUCGACCGCUUCUCCAGGGUCUUCUUCCCGCUGCUCUUCUUCGUGCUCAACUGCACGUACUGGAUCAUGUUUGCGCGGUACCUAUAGCGCGGCCGGCCUCCGAUCAGCCGACGCCAAGUUAAAAAAAUAAAAUUAAAAAAAAUAGUCAGGGCUAGAAAUCUUUUCAUGGAUAAUGGGUAAUUGGUAGCAACAACUUGCAAAUCUCUGGAAUUGGCCACUGGUCUGGUGCCCUCUCCAGAGAAGGUAAUAAUUUGUCAACAGGUUCCGUCAAAUAAUCAUCGUUCUGGAUUGGUUCGUUUCUGAAAUGUGUGAGGCGAUUUAUUUUCUAGCCAGUAGAAUAUCAAGUCAUAGCAACUUUUGAAACCACAGUAAAACAUAUACUAUCACGGCUAUGUGAGUAAGAGUUUCCUUUUGCUCUGCAAAUUCGCACACAUUAGCUUACAUAUCCUCUCACAUAACUUUUGAAUUUUUGUAAAUGUGACAACAAAGUGAGUCCUCACACUCACACAUUAUGACUGGCCUUCUACAAACUCUCACAAUAAUUUUUUUUUUCAAUGGUCAUUAGUUAGUUGUCUCUAUUAACAGCUUUUCCCUUCCUGUAUUGAGUUCUGUCCCAAAAUAUUGGCGCCUAGGAAACUUGAAUUGUUAAGUGAAGAAUCUCUUGCUCUUUUUUUGUCAAGCACAUAAAAUUUAUCCCCCAUUGUAAAUCUAGAAGUAAAAGCCAAACCAUUUACAUGUUAAAGGUCAUGAUAGCACUCAGCCUGAAAAGCUCAUGACACUGCUAUAGCUAAAUCUAACACUUUUAACUCAUUCAUUUAUCACAAUAUGUUUUGAUGCAAUGCAACUGGAAAAAGAAAACCAAAACAAAGAGUGCAAGUAGCCCAUCCUGCGUGUAGUUUACUAUAGAUCAGAAUAAGUCAGGAUAUUGCACAAAAACAAAUUGCUGUCUUGACUCCAAUUUUUGACAUCUGCAUCAUUUAACUAAAGAGGAUUAUGUUUGUAGAUAAUGUUAUAGAUGUGAACCAUUACAUAUAUAUUAUUAAAUUUAAUUAAACCUUUA